AUGAUAAAGAAUAUUAUUAAUAAUGAUAACUACUACUAUAAUACGUAUUAUUAUAAUAAUGAUAAUAAUAUUUAUAAUAAUAUUAAUAAUAAUUUUCAUUAUUAUUACUAUUACUACAUAGGUAAUAUCAGAGUAUAUCAGAAAGAAUUACUGUAUAUACCGUACCGGCUGGUGACAGCAGUGGGCCUGCCACACCUACCUACCUCAUUAUGUCUUUGCGAUCACUUUAGUUGUCCUAUUGGGAUGUCUUAA